UAUUAUUAAUGAUGCUUGUCUUUAAAUAUUUUUCAAUUUUUUAAAUAAUUAAUUUGUCAUUUAUAUUUUUGUAAAUUGUCAAACAUAUACCGAUAAAUUCUACAUUUUUACAUUCUACAUGUCUAAAGUAAAAUAUGACAUUACCAGGGCCAUUAGACAAUACAGUGAUGAUUCACUUAAUCUUAAAGAAAUACUCAGAAAGAAAAUACCUCAAGAACGAAAACGAAUUCAAGAGUUCCGUAAGGAACAUGGAAAUUUUAAAGUCCAAGAUGUAACCAUUAACAUGAUGUAUGGAGGUAUGAGGGGACUAACAGCAUUAGUAACAGAAACUUCAGUUUUAGAUCCCAAUGAAGGUAUCAGUUUUAGAGGCAUUCCGUUACAAGAAUGUAGAAAAAUACUUCCAACUACAGCAGGGGGAAAAGAACCAAUUCCAGAAGGUUUUUUCUGGCUUCUGCUUACUGGAAAUGUACCCUCUCAAGCACAAGCUAAUGCAGUUUCCAAAGAAUGGGCCCAGAGAGCUGAACUACCACCACAUGUCAUUAAAGUAUUGAAAAUAAUACCAAAGUCUGUACAUCCCUUGUCACAACUUUCAGCAGCAGUUACCGUUAUGAACAGUGAAAGCAAGUUUCGAAAAGCCUACGCUAGCGGAAUUGCCAAGGCUGAUUAUUGGGAGUACGCUUAUGAGGAUGCCAUGGAUCUCAUCGCCAGACUUCCUAUAAUAGCCGCUAUAAUUUACAAAAACUCUUUUAAAAAAGGUGCCAAAGUCGGCAAAAUUGACUCUUCCAAAGAUUGGAGUUACAACUUAGCGAAAAUGUUAGGAUACGACAAUCCAGAAUUUAUAGAACUCAUGAGAUUGUACCUCUCUAUCCACAGUGACCAUGAAGGCGGUAACGCCUGUGCUCAUACUAUACAUUUAGUUGGUUCAACUCUCAGCGAUCCGUACCUAGCAUACGCCGCUGGUAUAAAUGGAUUGGCCGGUCCACUCCAUGGAUUAGCUAAUCAGGAGGUACUGAUUUGGCUCAAUAGGCUUCGAGAACAAAUAGGCGAUAAAGCAACAAAAGAACAACUUGCAGAUUUUAUAUGGAAAACUCUCAAAGCAGGACAAAUUGUACCUGGAUACGGACAUGCUGUAUUGAGAAAAACUGAUCCACGUUAUAUUGCUCAUAGAGAAUUCGCGCAGCAAUAUUUACCCAACGAUCCAAUGUUCCAAUUAGUCUCAAAAAUUUACGAAGUCGUACCUGAUAUCCUCACCCAGCUAGGAAAAGUCAGUAAUCCGUGGCCCAAUGUAGAUGCUCAUUCUGGUGUCCUUUUACAGUAUUAUGGUCUUACGGAAAUGAGCUAUUAUACCGUUUUAUUUGGAGUAUCAAGAGCUUUGGGUACGAUGGCAUCACUCGUCUGGGACCGAGCUCUUGGAUUGCCCCUCGAAAGACCAAAAUCUGUGUCUACAGAUUGUUUGAUAGAGCUCGUAAAGGAAAGUCGAAAUAAAUCAAGUAUCUAGUAUUUAGUGGAAUAAUAAAAGUUUAAAUAAUAAUUUGAAACAUAUUUUAUAUAUUUUUUUCAAUUAUAAAAUUAUCAAGCAAUUGAUAUAUAAUCAAGAAGUGCAGUCAAAUGUGAAACAGAUAUAUUUAGGUCAUACUAAAUGAAUUUUUUGUAUUUUUUGACUCUGGUGAGAUAAGUCAUAUUUUGUAUAUUUAUAUCUAUAUAUUUAUAUUGUAUAAUAAAUUUUUUG